UCCUGUCCCUUGAAGGCUCCCCCGGCAAAGGCCAACUUGCCGGGUCAUCCUGGAGCCCUGCAGACGACUAAUGAAGUCUCGCGAGCGGUGUCGCGUGUGUUCGCCCGUACAAAUGGUCAUAUUAUCCAGCGAGCUCUGCUAUGAGGGAACCUUGCACAGCCUAACUUGGGUGUCACGAGAGAACUUUUUUGCGAAAGUACUGCAUCGCCUCCCCCGCUCCGGGGGGCCGCCGUGCGCCUUUACAGCGGGAGUCAGAUCAGAAGAUGCAAGCUGCGUACGAAGGCCGACGCGCUCUGUCGCCACGGAUGAUCACGCUUGUCCGUCCGAACAUAGUUAAGGUUCGCAGGCCAAACAGUCCUAAACCAGAACCAUACCAAAACGUGGUUCCCGUGCACCGAGGUGUGUAACGGUCCCUGGUCUUCGGGAGUCUCCUCCAUCCCCCCGAUUCGGCAUACAUCAAGUUAGCGCCCCAUCACCUGCAUUGCCCCGCAAUACUUAUACCAAGGAUCGCAUUCGCUCACCUUCCCAACGUCCUUCGCCCCUCAUCUCUCACUGACUCACUCCCGCAGCCGACACCCCCUCAACAGGCACCCCUGGCAUUCGACUACAACAUGGACCGCGACCAGCACAUACGCCACCACGCAAGUCCGCAGUUCACGGACUCACUCAGCCAUGACUCAUGGCUGGCCGACGCGGGAGACGCGUCGUCGUUCUCGGACCCGACGAGCCUUGAGCCAUCAUGGAUGGUACCGCUCUUUGACGACUUCACCCCGGACGCCACACUUCAUCACAGCCCAGCCUCCUCCCAGAACUCGACUCACGGCGUAACAUACGCCUACCGCUCCCAGAAUGCCCUCGGUCUGGAUAUCUCGCUGGAGUCGCCAACCUACCCAACGCUACCGUAUUCGUACAGUCUAUACCCUGACGGUCACUACAGCAUGCACACCCCUUCUCCCGGUCCCCUGCGCAUGAAUUUACCGCAGAUAAUCACCAAUGACCUUCAGACGCAGUCCCAGGGCUCCAGCAACGCCACCGGACUACACUCGCCUUCUGACCUCUCUUUGGCUGCAAUGGGCCCGCACUACCCACAAUCAGCUGGGACAUCCUCCCCAUCUACCGCAGGUCAAAACUCGUUACCGGUAACACCCUCUUCGCUUCCUGCUACAGUGCGUCCUCACCUCACAAUCCCGACCUCGACCGCUUUGUAUUCGCCCGCUUCGCAGUACAUCUCAGGGCUGCACAGCAACGUCUCGUCCCCCACCAAGUCACCCCUCCUCCGCGUGCCAGCCCCAAGUCCCAGCAUGUCGCCGAUGGUCGUCCACCACACGCCUGGCUCGUAUACCGUCCCGAUCCACCGUGGGGCUGUCGAAUCCGUCCUGGAAAUUGCCAGCAAGUGGCCCGACGCCGCCUUCCUCGUGCCGCAAAGGACGUACAGGCCCAACACCCAGAGCGAUCGCCGCCGCUACGUCGAGGAGGUCGACCUGGAGAUGCCCAUCAUGUUUUUCACGCAACACCCUGACGGAUGCGGCAUCAACUGCAAGGACGCCAUCAACUCCCGGUUCUCCCGCUUGCACGGCCGUGACGACUCUAUGUUCCAGAAUCGCGGACCCUCGGUCUCUAUUCGAAUUAACUGGCCGGGCUAUACGCCUUGGAGCCGCCAGAUUCCGACACGGGACUUCCGUAGCCCACCUGGGCCAAUCACCCGCUCCAAGCUGGCAAAGAACGUCGCCAAGACUGUGCUACGGUUCCUUGAUGAGAAGAAGGACAAACCGGUGGAGGACGAGGCUGAUCCCAAGUACAAGGUCGCUCACAUCACCAUCGACCAGAUUGACAUCGUCGGCCUGCAGCACGUUUCGAUGGGCAGCUGGCAAGCGCACCUGCGCCUCCGUCCGCGUACGUAAGGGCGUACGGUCACCCCCCAGGCAUCGGUCUUUCGUCAAUUGGCAUCAUGGAGUCUUCUAGCACUGGCAUCACCCGUCGCACGUCGCGCCCAACGCCUCCCACAAAUCGUCACUUCCCACAACGCUCUCAUCUCCGCUGGCACCGCCUUUCACGCCACCCCACCUGGUCCUCAUCCGCCGCACAGCCAACUAGGACGCGCGUCCUGCUCGAGUGUGGACAACAGUCCUGCCACCGAUCUCCUCCCCGCCGCACGGGAGCCUGGCUUGCGCUGUCUCCUGGACACUUUGUGUUGCCUACCAUCAUCUUUCUCUCGGGCAGUGCAUGUCCUGUCACGACUGCUGCCCAAUCAUAGUCCCGACGUUUGGUUUUCUUUCUUGGAUGGCUCGUAACGUUUGUCAUGACCUAUUUCCCCUUUUGGUUCUCUGCCUCGAUAUGUCUUCGUCUUCUCUUCGCUAUGUCUCGUUAUGGCUCUCAUCCUUUGGUGCAACUUUGAUCGCUGUAUAUCUCCCUGUUACCUCCCAAGUCCCAACUCCGCGCUCGCUGUCUCCGACGCUCGUGAUUAUCACGCUGCAUCCGCGACGCCUUCCUUCACCAUACCCCUUUGGGCCUCGGACCUCUGCACCCCUCUCCAUUAUUUCCCAGAGUGUGUUCCAAUGCAACGUUCUACGUACACUGCAAACAAUAAAUA